AUGGGUCCACUCGACCGUCUCUCGCCGGACCUGGAGAAAGGGUACGACACUAUCCUGGAAAAGCAUCGGGAGCGCCCCAUUGGCCAAGUUGGCAGACCGAAAGUGGAAGACGAUCAUGGCUUGGGUUGCAACUGGAUGUCUCAGCUGGACGAUGACCUGCCCAUGUCCGCGUUAACAUUGCCCGGAACCCACGAUAGUGCGGCCUUCACCCGCCAGUGGCCGUUCAUUGCCACCCAGAGAAUGAACAUCCUCCAGCAGCUGACCUCUGGCAUUCGUUACUUCGAUCUUCGAUGCGGUAUUCGGGAUGAUAUCGCCGAAAUGGUUCAUGGCCCUUCAGUGCUGGAUCUGACCCUGUCCGAUGUGCUGAGCACAAUGUAUAUGUGGCUAGAAUCCAACCCGACCGAGGGUCUAAUUGUACAGAUCAAGGAGGACAGAGAGCCGGAGCGUUCCACCGUACACUUCUCGCAGGCAAUCUUUUCUCACAUCUCCGCAGAUUCGGAGCGCUGGCGCACCGCAAACACAACGCCGUCACUCGGCGAAUUGAGAGGCAAAAUCCAGUUAUUCCGUCGCUUUAGGGCACGGAAUCUAUUUGCAUACGGCAUCGACGUUACUCAAUGGCAGGAUAAUCCGAGCAGGCCUUUUACUAUCAGCACACGCCAUGAUGUUCAACUUACUAUCCAGGACCAUUACAGCUUUUCAGACCCAAUUCCUCUGCCGACACUUAUAGCUACCAAAGGUGGCGACGUAUCCGGGUUGCUGAAUAGAGCCUCAGCUGUUAAAGACGAAACUCACUGGUACAUGAACUUCACCAGUGCUUACGAGUUCAAUCUAUACUACCAGUUGCCGCCGCGAGAGGUUGCCAUUGGCGGUUACAACCUAUUCAGAUGGGAAGAAGGAAUGAACCCACGGUUGCAAGCGUACCUGUUGGAGCACGAAGGGAAGCAUCGGUAUGGCAUCGUUGCAAUGGACUUUCCCGAUGUGGGUUCGGAAGACUUGAUUUCGUUGCUGGUCAAAUCCAACUUCGCGCCCAAGGACAAAGCACGGCAUAUUUACCCAGUGUGCCUCCUGCUACUUUCUCUGAUGCUCUGGAUGCUCGCAAUGGUACGAACAGAUUUUUCGAUCGAGGAAACCCUGCGGAUUUGGGAUUCCAAUCAUGGUUGA